UACCCGAUAAAACAUUCCACGCGUUAUUCAACCAUUUUUUUUAAUCUCACACGGUUGACAAACAAACCCUCUCAUUUUCAUAAAGUCACCCUAAUCCUCUCUAGCCAAACUUCAUAACCCCCUCUGAGAGAAUCAUUUUCUCAUCUUUUUAAUUAACAAUUCAGGCGUAUGACAGCUGAUUUAAGACACUAGCGGCUGUGCUUUUGGGCUUCGGUUGGAAAUUUUCACAAACACCAGUAAAAUGCACGCCAAGACGGAUUCCGAAGUCACCAGUCUAGCACCAUCGUCUCCCACCAGAUCUCCACGCCGCCCGGUCUAUUAUGUACAGAGCCCAUCACGGGACUCUCACGAUGGGGAGAAAACGACGAUGUCUUUCCAUUCCACGCCGGUGCUUAGCCCUGCGGGAUCUCCACCUCAUUCUCACUCCUCUGUUGGCCGCCACUCGCGUGAGUCCUCUACCAGCAGGUUUUCUGGGUCGUUGAAACCGGGAUCCCGGAAGAUUUCUCCCAAUGAUGCGUCGAAAGGCGGGCAGAAAAAGGGACAGAAGCAAUGGAAAGACUGUGUGAUGAUUGAAGAAGAAGGACUACUCGAAGAUGACGAGCGUGAAAGGGGUCUACCUCGUCGCUGCUACUUUCUUAUUUUUGUGUCGGGUUUCUUUGUUCUCUUCUCUAUGUUCUCUUUAAUUCUCUGGGGUGCCAGCAGGCCACAGAAGCCCAAGAUCACGAUGAAGAGUAUAACUUUUGAGCAUUUCAGCAUUCAAGCCGGCUCAGAUUACACAGGAGUGGCAACUGAUAUGAUCACAGUGAACUCCACAGUGAAGAUGAUCUAUCGCAACACUGGAACAUUUUUCGGAGUCCAUGUAACGUCUACACCUGUAGAUCUAUCCUAUUCUGAGAUCACCAUAGCCUCAGGAAAUCUAAAGAAAUUUUACCAAUCAAGGAAAAGCCAAAGAUCAGUAGCAAUAUCUGUAAUGGGCAAUAAAAUCCCUCUAUAUGGAAGUGGAGCAGGUCUGAGCAGCUCAACGGGAACGGCUACACUACCAGUGCCGCUAAAACUGAACUUCAUUGUCAGAUCAAGAGCUUACGUUUUGGGAAAACUGGUUAAGCCAAAAUUCUACAAGAGAAUCGAAUGUGAUGUUACUUUUGAUACAAAGAAGCUCAAUGUUCCAAUGUCACUCAAGAAUUCUUGCACAUAUGAUUGAUUGAUGAUAUGAACAGAGCAGAGCAGCCGCAUCAAGAUGAUGAAUUUUACAUAUUUAAUUUCCCCUUUAAUUCAUUGUUUGUUUCUUUUCGUGGAAAUGAGAAACAGCUGAGCAGAGCGGGCAGCUUUGAAGAUGGGUGGGCAAGGGGCUUUUCACCUUUUGGUUUCCCAAGUGCCCGUAGAAUUUGAAAACAGGCUGGAGUGGAUUCGGUAGUGACUUGCGAGCGAUAACUUUUCUUUUGUUCACUUUACUUUCUAUAUAUACUUAUGUUUUGUUUAUUAAUGUAAAAAGCAAUAAAUUAUUUACCUAGUUACUAUUA